AGUCCCAUUCCGCAGAAGACAAGUAGAAGCCAUGACGCGUGUGAUACUCCUCUCUUUCCUCCUCCCAAGAGCAUGGGCAAACACAGAUGAAAUCCCAGAUAAGAAGGUUAUCACGGAUGGAUAACAUCAGAUGACACUUGACGGAUUGUCCGCAUGGUGCCUGCAGGACGUUCCGAGGACAUUCAGGACAUUCUGGGAAGAUAAGGACAUGAUAACACUUUGAGGGCAUCCUAAGGACUCUAUGAGUCCUUAGAGAGAUGAAGUGUUACGCAAAUCUCGUGACAGUCUGUCAUGAAGUUGGUCCGGGGCGUAGAUCAUUCUGAGGGCAGGCAUAACACCUAAACAUAUAUCAAGAGAAAGGUAGAGAUGGAAAUAUAACCGUACAUGUAAAUGUUGACUCUUACAGGAGACGGAGCGCACUUGACCAUCACGAUUCACGUGGAUACCAUUGUGAAUGUCGUCGUAGCUUCCGUUGCUUCAAUCAUCAUUCUUGGCUUCCUGCUCCUUUGCUACAGCAGGAAGAGAACAGUGGUAGGUAGCACCAAGGCGUCACUGAGUAAAACUGAUGAGCCUCCAACUCUCCAAAAUGAGCCCAACGUCCACGAGGAGAAUGAAUGGGAAGACACGCUAAGAGUAAUGCACAAGGCGAUAGACGAAAGGAGUCAUAUUCAAGUGCAACAAUGUCUUCGAAUGCUACGACACCUCAGAUUAUGGCUACACCCAGACACCGGCGAGUCAGCCAUGCACAGAGCAAUCAAGAGCAACUCUUUCUAUAUAUAUGGAUUGCUUCUGUCGCACGAGUGUGAUUUCAGAAGUGAGAAAGAAUGGAAAUGCUUGAGAAGUCUAAACAGGAUUCAACGGUCGGAACUUCAAAGACAACGACUAUUCGUGACGAAAUACGACGACUCUUAUGUAAAUCACCUGAAAGCUCGAACGGAAAGUCAAACGAACUCUCAAGGCUUCGGAAAGUAUGUUGACAAAAUGUUCAAAGCACUGGACAACAUUGAGUUAGUUCGACCUAUUCUGCAAGUAGCUGCCACUGCACAUCAUCUGAGAAUCCGAUUCGACUUCGACAGAGGUGACGUCCAACCCAUGAUGGGAUGCCGUAAUAGCGGCAACCUUGGAAUAACAGAUACUGCAAAAGAUGAAGUUUUUAUCGCAGCCAAUCCGAAAGUAUCAUUCGACGCAGAUCGCGACGCAGAAGUCCUGGGAACAUUAGCGCACGAGCUGUGCCACUUUGCUCUUCAUCUGGUGUUCAGGAACGGGGGUAUACCCUACUGUUGCACUGAUCUAGAGAGAAAACGUAGAUACGAUGACAUCAUUCAAGGCAUUAGGAAGAAACAAGAAGGAUUAGACAAAAUAAUCAAGCUGGCACUUGAUUAUGCUACGGAGGAGGAACUGAUAGUCCGGGUGCCCCACGUACUUGCUCUGCGAGGCAGUCCUGGAAAAGGCGACGCCAUCCUGAGGGGUCAGACACCGGAGCUCCUCGAAUUCUACAAUGAACUUGUUACAUCAGAUAUGGCAAACUACAUCAAGAAUGCAUGCCCCAGCAAAGACACAGAAAACAUUAAGAUAGAAAACGUGAGGCUUCAAAAAGCAGAUAAUACGGAGAAGCUCAAUGUAACCUUCACGGAACCCAUGAAGCACCAGGACCUAAAGGAUGUUCCCCUCCUCAUUCUUACAGGUCCAGAGCUGUUGUUGCUUGAGAUCCUUGUCCACGAUGCGCUCAAGUCUACGGGACAGCCGUACUUAUUUUUCGAAGCAUCCCAGUGGGACGACACGCUGGCAGAUGUCUUAACUCAAAACAAAUGUAACUUCAUUCUUCUAACCUGCAACGAUAGCAGAAAACUACGCACCAUAUUCGAGCUUCUCAGUGAAGUUUCACAGGUGGUUGGCACAAGAGUAAUCCUGCUUGUACCUCGUGGACACAAGGAUUACUUUCUGGCAGAGGAACAACAGGAUGCUUUUUUUGCUAACAGCUCAUUCUUUCGAGUACAUAUGAAUCGUUCCUUCGCUUAUAUAGACAAGGCCUGCUUCGAGAAGAUUGCAGAGAAGCGUAAGGUUCUCAGUAAGUCACACAUACUAUUUCAGGGCGCCGACUAUCGGCCACUAAUUCAUGAUGUGAUUAGCUUGGACAACUUUGUAAACUUUAUCGACGCCCCUGCAUUCCUAAAGUUAUGCCAGUCCAAGUACAUCGAAGUAGGGCCACAACUUAGCAAAGUGGCACAAGACGUGAACGAUUACUACGUCAGGCGACGCUUGACCUUCGGAGUACGUGGUGAAGAUUACAGCGAAGAGUACCUCUGGGAGACACAGGAGAAAGUUGUGGCUGUCUGUGGCCUCCCCGGAACGGGCAAGAGCGCCUUGGCGUCGAGGCUUUCAAUACAGAUAAAAAACAUUGAUGUGAAGAAUUGGGUAUUGCAUGUCUACCUUCCACGGAGAAUUGGACUUGUCAAUUUAGCAAAUGGCGUCAGAGACUUCCAACAAUUGGCCCAUCUGUGCAACGUAGAAGCUAUAGGACCGGAGUUUAAAUUGUUUGAGCAUUGUGUGCAAAAUGACACUCCGGUCAAGAUUGUGAUCAUUUUUGAUGCUUUUGACGAAAUCAAAACAGAAUGCCGCGAGUACAUUCUUGCACUUGUAAAGCUCCUGAAGAAAACCAAUGUUUCAAAAAUAUGUAUCAUGAGCCGCACAGUGUUCAAGACAACGAUAGGAGAUGCUAUCGAAGCCGAGCCUAUGGAAAUGGUUCCGUUUACAAAAGAGGAACUCGUCGAAUUCUUUAGAAAAUACUGGCGGGCACACGGACUGUGUUCUGAAUCUGAUGAUGAGUUAGAAUUAACAGCCAGGAAGACAGCUAAUGCCUACACUUUAUCCAUGUGGAAUGGCUGGACUGCCUGGGAAAAUCCCCUCCUCAUUCGCAUGAUUGCCGAAUUGGAACACCGCUCACUUUUCUGCAGAGAACCAGUGCAAAGCAUAGAGCCUACCCGGGAAAUCCGAAGCAUGUUUGAAAUCUACAAGAUGUUCGCUGAUUACAAGUACAAUGUGUACACAAAAGAAAAGCUUCUGAUGGAGUCAGACCCUCCGACUCUAGCUGCUGAAUAUGAGAGCAGAAAGAGGAAAGAAGAGUUUUACGGUAAGCUUGGCCUUCUGGGAGCGAGUGUCAUCAUUGAGGACCAACUAAGGGAGGUGCUCACAGAAGAGGAACUCGAGGAGCUCAAGUCAAAGGGAGAUCUUAUGAAAGACGUCGCUGAUAGUGUCAUUGGGCACGGCCUUGUCGAUGGACUUAGCGAUGGAAUUCCAGGGUUCAUCCACAAGACGUUCGCUGAAUACUUUGCCGCCCAUUUUCUGUUCCGCAAGAUAAAGAACGUUGGCAGUGAUAAUCCGAGCCUGAUGGCAUCAGUGUCACGAAUGUAUGGAAAGGACGAUUACAGGCAGGUUAUGCUAUUCCUCGAUAGUUUUGCUGCUGAAUCUUUACCCGUCCAUUUCGCCAUAGUUACGGCAGGGGCUUCUGCUGGAAGUUGCAUCACGGAAGAAAACAUGUACACCCGCGAUGAAUUCGAUCGUAUUCCACUACACUACAUUGCCAUUCGUGCGCACAGCUCCAUGUUGAAGGUCUACUUUGUGGACGCCCUGCUGAAACCGAAAGAUAUCUUUGGCAUGACGCCCUUCAUGUACGCGGACAGUCUCCGUCACUGGCAUUUACUGAACAAGUUCUGUGAUCGAAAUAUGGGAACGAGCGAAGAAUGCCCCACGAUUCGCGAAAACGUCAUGAAGGAGAAGGAGCUCAAGAAAUCUGCGUUGUACGAAGCCGUGAGACUCAACCUUUGUGCCCUGUUAGACUUUAUUCUGAGCAAUUUCUGCAGGAAGAGGACUGACUCUCAACUGGGCAUCAAUCUCCAUCUUGUAGAUGUUGAUACAAUAAGGGAUGAACACGAGCAGACUCUCCUAUUCUUUGCGGAAUCGUUGAAUGCUCUGCAACUCCUCCUUGCUUACUGCGAUAGUCGAGUCACGGACGCAGAUGGCCACAUAACGCUCAGUUACAGACUUGAAGGAAAUUUAUACAGGGAGUUGCUCCACGAAAGGAAAAUGAGUCGGCUAGCGAUAUUGAAGUUCCUUUGCAUCCAUCUUCAUGUAGACAUCCCAAACAACCGUGGAGAAACUCCUCUGCGCAAGAUUGUUUCUGCACGAAAGGCGGAGUACGCAAAGGUGUUGCUUCUUCGAUCACGGACGAAUCGCGCGGAUAGAAGGGGUGUUGCAGUAUUGCGAUGCGCGUAUGGGACGAAUCAGCCUGAUAUCAUAAACUUGCUUCUCCCUCACGCGUCUAUCUACGAUCCUGGCGUUAUGUCUUAUCUCCCUACCCAGGGUGCGGAUCUGGAUCGUACACUAUUAAAGUGGACACUCGGUCCUGCUAGUUCCUUGGCGGUCAGCCUUUACUACUAUCCCGAAAAGCUGUGCCAAAUGGUAUCCAAAGCGAUUAGUGAAGCGCGCUCUUUUCAAGCAUUACUACCUUAUUUGAAUUACAGCCAUGGAGGGAACCCAGUUGCGAGCCUCUUACGGUGGAACCCUCACAGAAGACUAGUUGUCCUGAAACACUUGCUUUUCCUCUUCGACGCCUCGUCCACGGACGAAGAGGGCUUCACCGCCUUGCAUCGCUCUGCUAAAGUUGGCUCUGUGGAUGAAAUGAAAUUACUGCUUCCUCAUUCGAAUAUCCACGCUGAAGAUGGAGAGGGCAGAACAGCCGCUCAAGUGCAUUGUGGAAAUGACUUGAAUCGAGAGAACGCGGCAGAGCUGAUCCGUCGUUGGACGGCGAAUGAGGGAUCAUAAGAGAGUGUUCCAGCGAAGGAAAAUUUUUAUUGUGUGUCAGCAAAACCAGACAGCCAUGGCUAGAAGCUUUGUACAUGCGAGGAAAGUUUGAGUGGAAGGGAGGGGGCCAGGAAGGACGUGCAGGAAGGAAGUGGAAGACAAGCGUUAGCAUGCACCAAGGUUCUUCAUAGGGAACGGUACUGAUAUCCGACUCUGGAAGGUCUGUUUGAAGACCCAAGGAACAAGAACAUCAACAAACAAAUCGUGACUAUGACAAUAGUUGAUUCAUGUCUGGAGUGCGGGAACCCAGGGGAAAAUCCUCCACCACCUCCCAGUUUUCAGCAUGACCUUGUAGCUUCCACCAACCAGCGAGCUGUAUUCAACGUGACAAGUAGCCCUCCUCUCCUCCCCUCUCCCUCCCCUCCUUGCCCUUUUCUUUUUAUUUGCAAACAAACAUAUAGCCCCAAUGAAGGAACGUUCUUUAUGCUAGAGUACACGAUUUUUUUCUUGCACGUGACGCAGUUUAUGAGGAAUAAACGAUUAAAAUUCGUU